AUGGUUGGAUUCAAAAUCUCGGCGGGCGCAGCCCUGCUGUCCCUCGCGACACGGUCGGCAGCAGUACCCGUUGUCUCUGAGCCGGCUACAACCUUCACUUCUCAGCCUGCCGUGACCCCCGAGGUCAGGCCUCACACCAACGUAACCUCCCAUGGACCCUACACCGGCCCGUCUCCGACUACCACCGGAGCUCUGACAACCGACGUGCUUGCGCCGUCUAUCCCUGCGCUCCCACCCGGACCUGACGCAUACAAGUACCCCAGCGAUGGCAAGUUGCACGCACCCAUGCCGGCCCCUUACACGCCGGCCGGCGGUCUGGGCACCAAUGGCUCGGCUCCCGUCUACCGCGUGCUAUCCGACUUUGAUUAUGAGUCCAUUGCCUUGGCCCUCUACCAGGAGUGGAUCGAGCUGGACCUCUUCCACUGGGGCCUGGCAACAUUCUCGGAGGAAGACUUCGAGAAGGCCGGCCUCACAGCCGAGGACCGCUUCCUCAUCCAGUACAUGGCAGAGCAGGAGGUCGGCCAUGCGACAUUGCUCAGCAACAUGCUUGGCCCCUCGGCACCGAUGCAGUGCACCUACAACUAUCCAGCAAGGAACGUGCGUGAGUUUGUCGACUUUUGCAUGAAGCUCACCCGCUGGGGCGAGGCCGGUGUAUACGGCUUCCUUCCGCAUCUCAACGCUCGCGACGUCGCCCAAAUGCUCCUCCAGAGCAUCACCACCGAGGCUCGCCAGCAGGUCAUCUUCCGCCAGUUCGAAGGACUGUUCCCCAUGCCAGUUUGGUUCCAAGUGGGCAUCCCACAGUCGUGGGCCUGGACUCUGCUCGCCCCUUACAUCUCGAGCUGCCCUGCAAACCAGACUCGCCUGGUCUGGCAGAACUACCCGGCCCUGCAUGUCCUCAAUCAGCCCAACCCGGCUCGUAUCAACGGCUCCAACGUGUGGAACGAGACGUUGGGCGACUACGCCAACACGCUCAGCACGGAGGCCAUCGCCGAGGGUGAGAGCUGCCUCGAGAGCGAUGAAGUUGGCGUCAACUGCCAACCGGCCAUCACCCGCAACCGCUCUGAGCCGCUCUCGUACCCCGGAAGGCAGGUGUUUUUGGAGUGGGAGACGCCCGGCAAGCCCAUCGGCCCCAAUAACAGCUAUGUCACCGACACCAAGGCUGGCGCGCCCGCCUUUGCCGCGUGGGUCAGCCAGCUCAACGUCACCUAUUCGCCGCUGCAGGAGAUCCAGGGAAAUAAGGCCUGGACCAUUCAGCCCAACAUGAGCACCUUUGAGGGCGAUCCGGCCAUCAACGGGACCAUCUUUUUGCUGGUCACCGACACGGAUCUAUACGUCACACCCCACAACAUCACGCAGCUGAAUCCCCAUGUGGUUGCUCUGACUCUGUAUCAGGCUGGUUAA